GAUAGCUCGCUUGCACCUUAUUUAUACAUACACACACAUUGACUUCUAAUUGGAGCAUUGAUCAGCAACAAUGGCCAAUGACGCUUAUCUGGGCGCCAAUCCGUCCACUUCACACAGAAAGAGGAUUCAAGACCGGGAUUCAAAGCGAAACAAGGACGUCCGAAAGAAGAUGCGCGAAACGGCGAUUUUGCACAAGGAUACAAGCAAUAUGGAGCGCAAAAUCGAGCAAUACAAAGGCAUUUUGAGCACACGCAAGAUGACUGCGAGCGAGAAGGAGAAACUUCAACGGAUGGAGGAUGAACUUAAGGAGGUGAAGGAUAAGCAAAAAGAGGCUGGCAUCGAGCCCCGCGAGCAAAACACCUCAGAUGUCAUCGCUGGAUACGACCCAAUGGCUGAGAGCGAGGCUGCUGGUACUGUAAUUGGUGGCCAAUAUAAAUCCUCGAGUGAUGAUAGUGAUGAUGAUGAUUUGGAUCACAACAAAGGUACUCAGCUAGACGACUUGGGGAUACCUACAAUAGCUAUUGUCAAGCCAACCGCGACAAAGGGCACUGCUCUGCUUCUUCCAAUGCUACCAAUGCCCCCGGGAACACCGCCGCUUCUUGAAAAGAAUGUUAGUGGUGGUUCUGUCUGGCCACCGCUUCCCAGUGGCCCAUCACCAAUGUACCUUAAAAACAACCCUCAGAAAUACGCACACUGCCGACCACCGCCGUUUACAAAUCAAAACCAACAGCAGCAGCAGAGGCAGCGUUUUUUAUUCCAGCGCGGCAGCGACCCCAGGAGCAGCAGCUAUCGGCCAGGGCCACCACAUCCAUAUGAUCCUCAAGGAGCAAUACGGUCAAAUAUGCCACCUGUGCCGCCGUUCAUUCACGCAAGGCCAAAUAUGCCGCCGCCUCCUCCUCUGCACCUAAUAAGGCCGCUGAGACCAGCAAGAUCCCAUUCGGCCACGGUGCUUGCUGCUGAACCACAGGUGCGUGAUCUCAAAAAGGAGUUGACGACAUUGGUCCCCGCGGCCAUUGCUCGCAAGAGCAAACAAAAUGACCGGCAACGAGUGCUUGCGGCAGUGCCCAUGGCCCCGAUGAUGGUUGUCAAUGCUGCUCCCGAGAUUGAUGCAGAUACUGGCAACAGCUCGAUCAAUGCACAGAGAACAGCAGUGGCGACCAGCAGCAGUCUGCUGGACACAAUACGACCACUCGCGGGCGUUCAGUUUAGCACUGCGUCGAGCCAGCGACGCGAGCAGCAGGCAGUGCCAGAAAACUUGGUCAACUCUCAGCCGCCGACGACUGCUGCGCGGGGCCCUGGUAGCUCGAUUGACGACGAGUACCAAAAGUUUUUACAGCAGAUGAACAACAUAUUGUGAAGAGGCAUAUUUUACAUGUAUUUUUUUACUUUAUUUACUAUUC